AUGGCAUUGGCGUGCGAUUUUGAAGAUCCUAGAGCACCCCCAGUCAAGAUCUUCAAUGAAGUGGAUCCACAUGUGGAGCCUCAUCCAAAGUUCGAAUUUCUUUGGACGAAUAAAGUCAUCCUUGGCCAAGAUGUGCCCAAGUCGUCACGCGAAAAUCUCAAAGGUUGUGGUUGCUUUGGUAAAUGUGAUCCGCAAUCCAGGAGCUGCUUCUGCGUCAAACGUCAGAUGAAGAACUGCCCGGAACUGAAGUCCCAACCUGGCUUUGCGUAUGACCUGGAUGAGACCUUGAAAUGGGUCGAUUAUCCGGUGGUUUUCGAGUGUAAUGAUGAGUGCGACUGCGACCCAGAUUGUCCAAAUAGGGUCGUCCAACGGGGCCGAAGGGCCCGCAUAAGCAUCAAGAAGACGAAGAAUAAGGGCUGGGGGGUAUUUGCUCAAGAACACAUUAAGGAGCAUCAAUUCAUUGGCAUCUACUCUGGGGAACUGAUCACGGAGAAUGAGGCCGAGGCGCGUGGAAUCAUGUAUGGUGACCUUGGGCGCACGUAUCUCUUUGAUCUGGACUUUGAGAGUGUCCACAUGAUUAAAGAAAGACUUGCCCAGGAAGCGAGCGAGGCAGCGGAGCGAGCAACACGCAGUAAUCAUAAGGUGAAGAAGCAACGUGCUGCCGGAUCGCCGAGCAGAACUCCACUUCAAGAAGAUUCCGGGAGCAGUUCCGGGACAAGAGUCAACAGUGAAUAUACGGUAGACGCCUUCUACGUUGGAAAUCAUACUCGAUACCUGAAUCACUCGUGUAGCCCCAAUUGUUUCCCCGUUCCGGUCUUCAUCCAGGAAUCUGACUUAGUCAAGCCUCUCAUUUGUCUCUUCACUAUUCAGGAAGUUCAUCCUCACGAAGAACUUACGUUCUCGUAUUUUGGGGAAGCGACAAGGGCUCUCCAGUCUGGUGACGAAGACCAGCGAUCGGGGAGAGUCUUUGUGAAAUGUGAAUGCGGCGCAGACCAAUGCAUCGGAAUAAUGUUUGGGUAG